AUGGGCGUGGUAAGACAGACGGUACUGCUGUGGCGCCUGCUGGGAAUAAUACUCCGUCUCUGGGUCUACCUCGUCUCCACCAUCUUCAAAAGAGUGUUCGGGAAACACAUUGUUGUUGUAACUACAACAAAAGUAGAGGGGGCGACCAGUGAAGACCUUGCCAGAGACUACGAUCGUUCUGUUCUGAAGCUGAGUCACUUCAAAGGUGUAUUCCGUGCAGCGUAUCUAGACUUGUAUAAGGACGCCUUCCUCCACCAUCUUGCCCCCAAUCCUCGACUGCACUCACUUGACGGAACACAGAUCCACCGAUUGCUGGACUUUCAGAAACAAGGGCGCCCCCUGGUGGUCAACUUUGGGAGCUGUACCUGA